GCAGCACCUCGGACAGCGAGCGCCGGCACAAAGCGGGCAGCACCUCGGACAGGGACAGACACAGACAGACAGAGAGAGCAGGGACUGGGCAUCACCCGCACUGACCCGGCACCAUGCCCAAAGGAUUCCUGGUGAAGCGGAGCAGGAAGUCCCCACCGGUCUCUUACCGGGUCCGGGAUGAGGAGUGUGACCGGCCCGAGCUGCCCCCGGCCUGGAUGCUCCUGGCUCUCUAUCCCAGCGGAGGAGCCCCGGCCCCCGCCAGCCCUGACCGAGCCGCCCCGGCCCCGACCUGCAGCCCCCGAGCCCCCCCGGCCGGGCAGUUCGGGAACCCGGAGUCCGCGCAGCAGGCGCUGUCCAGCCCGACCCGGCCGGUGAGCAGGGAGUACCUGGACCGCGGCUUCAGCCUGGGCUCCCCGGUGUCCGCCGAGUCCUUCCCGGCCGCAGUCAGCUCCAUGGAGCCGCUCUACCCGCCCAGCGAGCUGGCUCUGACCGCCAGGAAGAGAGCGGAGCCCGAGCCGGCUACUAACCCCGCCGGGCCGCCGCUCCCCGCCUCCACUACCACCGCCGCCAGCAGCCAGCCCCAGCACAAGCCGCCGGCCGCCAAGAAGACCAAAGCCAUCCGCAAGCUGACCUUCGAGGACGAGGUGACCACCUCCCCCGUGCUCGGCCUGAAGAUCAAGGAGGGCCCGGUGGAGCCGCCCCGGCCGCCCAGCUCGGGGCCCCGGCCGCUGGGGGAGUUUAUCUGCCAGCUGUGCAAGGAGCAGUACCGGGACCCCUUCUCCCUGGCCCAGCACCGCUGCUCCCGCAUCGUCCGGGUGGAGUACCGCUGCCCGGACUGUGACAAGGUGUUCAGCUGCCCUGCGAACCUGGCCUCGCACCGCCGCUGGCACAAACCCCGGGCCCCCCCGGCCCCCGCCCCCGACCAGCCGCCCCCCGACCGGGACACCCCCAGCCCCGGCAACUCCGAGUCCGGCUCCGAGGACGGCCUGUACGAGUGUCCGCGCUGCGCCAAGCGCUUCCGGCGCCAGGCCUACCUGCGGAAACACCUGCUGGGCCACCGCCAGCCCGGCCCGCCCGGGGAGCCCGCCGAGUGCCACCCGUGCCCGGUGUGCGGGGAGACCUUCCCCGGUAAGAGCAGCAUGGAGCGCCACGUCCGCCUCCUGCACUCCGGACAGCUCUACCCCUGCAAGUACUGCCCGGCCACCUUCUACAGCUCGCCCGGCCUCACCCGGCACAUCAACAAGUGCCACCCGUCCGAGAACCGCCAGGUCAUCCUGCUACAGGUCCCCGUCCGCCCGGCCUGCUGACAGCCCCCAGGGGCCACACCUGGACACUCACUGCCAGCCUGAGAA